AAAUGGAUCCUAUUGGUUCCAAUAUCACUGAAAAUAGCUAACCUAUUAUUUCCUUCUUUGGUGUACAAAAUUACACGUUCGUUGUUUCAAGAACUGUGAAUAAAAUGGCGAGUGCAGCUAUAGCAGCAGGAAUUGGACUUGCUGUGGUGGGUUUUACCGGUCGUUAUCUGCUCAGGAGAAUGCCAAAUUUGUCAAUGAAGAUGGCAGAAACAAUAAAGAAGCUAGAUUCUCAGUCACUAGCGAACAGCAAGUAUUACAAAGGUGGUUUUGAUUCAAAAAUGACCAGGCGUGAAGCUAGUCUCAUUCUAGGAGUGUCGCCCACAGCUAGUAAAGCAAAAGUAAAGGAUCAAUUUAAAAAAGUAAUGUCUGUCAAUCAUCCAGAUCGUGGUGGCUCGCCAUAUAUAGCUGCCAAAAUUAAUGAAGCAAAAGACAUGCUUGAAAAAUGAUAAUAGAAUAUUAUAUAGUUCUUAGAGUAGCAUGUAUUUGUUUUAAAUUAUAUUUAGGAACCAAAUUUGAAUGUACAUAUUAAUAUUAUAUUUUGCCUAUCUAUAAUAAAUUAGCUAUUUUUAUAGCUAUA